GACACCACCUUCAUCCAAAGAGAGUAGGUGAGUGAGUAGGAAUCAAGAUAUUUGUUAAUUGUUAAUCUUUUGUUUUCUUGCUUCAGUAUUCAGAGUCUAGAAAAUGGCAGAAAAUGGUCACACUGCAGACCUUGAGAAACAAAUGUUACUUCUCCAAGACCAUGAGGAGAAGCAUUUCAUGUCUAGUGAGAUGGUCCGUGACAUAAUUCUUGGUGUUUCGGAUGGUCUCACUGUCCCUUUUGCACUUGCUGCUGGCUUGUCUGGUGCUGAAGUUUCAUCAUCCAUAAUCCUCAUUGCUGGAAUAGCUGAAGUUGCUGCUGGGGCUAUUUCCAUGGGACUCGGCGGGUAUCUUGCAGCAAAGAGUGAAGCUGAUCACUACGCCAGGGAGCUAAAGAGAGAACAAGAAGAGAUCAUUGCUGUCCCUGAUAUAGAGGCCGCAGAGUGUGCAGAAAUAUUAGCACAGUUUGGGGCCGAGCCACAUGAAUAUGAACCUGUUGUCAAUGCUUUAAGAAGGAACCCUAAAGCUUGGGUUGAUUUUAUGAUGAAGUUUGAGCUGGGAUUAGAGAAACCAGAUCCAAUGAGAGCACUACAGAGUGCCAUAACAAUAGCUUUUUCAUAUGUAGUGGGUGGACUGGUGCCUUUGUUGCCGUACAUGCUCAUUCCUGUUGCUAGAAAGGCUCUCAUUGCAUCUGUUGUUGUAACUUUAUUGGCGUUGCUAAUUUUUGGUUUAGCCAAAGGUUAUUUUACUGGGAAUCAACCUUUCAAGAGCGCUUUCCAAACUGUCCUCAUUGGAGCCAUUGCAUCGGCAGCUGCCUUUUCAAUUGCCAAGCUUUUCCAGCAUGUGUAGCUAGCGCACUAUGAUAAUUUAACCACCAAGUUUCCUUUCCCUUCUUCUUUUGUUUCUCUACGUACCUCUCUUUGGUUUUUCUGAUUGGACUUGGUUUGUAUGCCCCUUAUGAUUAGGCACUUGGGCAAAUUUAUCCAACCUUUUCGGAUCUGGUUUGUACAUUAUAAGUGCUGGUAUUGUAUGACAGCUUCACGGAUUUUUGCUAGUAAUAUUCCAAAAAUAGGUUUGCAUCCAA